AUUGCUUAUGAUUCUAACUUUAAAUUGGAAAUUUAAGCGAAAAUUGAAAGUGUGAUAUACGUUUGGAGUGGUUUGUUUUGAAACAGAUAUUCCCCUUUAAUAAAGAUUUGACAUGUUUCCCAACGGACUAAUUUGUGGAUUAUCCGGCUUCUACCAGUCUAUAUUCCAAGAGGUUCCAACACUGCCAUGAUGCGGAAAUGACCACACAACUCAGACAAUCAAUUAACUCGACAAAUCACGUGACACAUGCGCAUGUUAGUCACGUGAGAAACUAACCACGUGAUGGGUUCAGGGAUAAGUUCGGUAUGCACGAGCAAGCGGUCUAUUCUUAUUGCAAACAGUGUUAGGAAAUUGCCGACAAUCCACGAAGAUGACGUGGACUCCGAUAUAGAGAUCGAGCAAGAUCUCGAAAUAAAUCCAUCAUCGGGAAAACUGCAUCCGGCCGAGUCACGUGAUUCGGGGAUCGGAGAAAAUGACAUUCCACAUGGAUAUGUGUUUCAAAAAGUGAAUGGAUCAGGCUCUGAUUCAAGCCCCGAGAAAAAUAACAAUGACGUGAACACAGACGAGAAGACAAGGGUGUCAAGACCGCGCUCUUGUCGUUUGGGCCAUCGGGGCCAAAAAGGUCAGCGCGUUCUAAAUAAAGUGGGUCAAGGAACAGACUUAUCCGAUUCCCAAAUUCGUAAAUUUGUGCGCUCUGCUAGGGAUAAGUCAUACCCGGCUGAAAUUGAAGACCACUCACAUUGUGACUUAUCAGACGACACUUUGUCUUUAAACAGUACUAGCUCAGCAUCCCCGGACAGACGACAAUCAAACAGACAACCGAAAAGUGCCAACAAUAAAAGACGUUCAAAUAAGCGUAAUAAAAGUAGCACAAGAGGCUCAACCGAGAUUGUGAACGACCUUGACACAUCGACGGACACCGACGGCGUUAGUGAUACGGAUAUGUUGUCGAUACCAGACGAGACCGGUCCCUUAAGCAGCAGUCGAAGCAAUAGGGCUAAGGAUGAUACGCCACAUCGACGUGGCUGGGUUCGAACAGAGGAUUUCACUGACGUCAUGAUUACAACGUCAGUGACGCCACGUGUUGGUGGACACGCGGAUAUGUAUAGAAUUGUAAGUGGGACGUACUCCGACGUCGACGUGAAUCUCGCCAAGAAAGCGAGCGAAAGGUCCAUAUCCAGUAUCAUACUAACUUCUGUGGACGGAAACACGACUCCCACUAACUCGGAGUGUUUUGAUGUGCCUCCCAAUGAAAUGUAUUAUAAUCACUGUGAAGGGGCACGUAAGUGCAGUGUUCAGUCGGACAAAGUGAACUGGGUCAUGCUUAGUACGCACAACCUUGACAAACUUGACCUAGUCUGGAGGGUCCGCUCACAGGCUUUCGUUUUGCAGAAUCUCGAAGAUUUAGUGACUUCAUUAGUGUCUGCCAUAGAAAGGCUUUGGUCAUGUGACAUGGUGACGACAUCAGAUUUCGAGCAGGUAAUGAAGGGACUUCGUUACCAACUCGUUGCCAUGGCAAUGGGACAUAUGUGUCGCCAGUCCACGCCAAGAAUAGAAGUGAAGGGUGAGCAGACGAACAUUUUUACAGACGACACUUGGCGCGUGCAAAUCCGUCUGCGAACUGAGGAUGAAGAGAUUAUAGAAUCAUCAGAAAAACUACUUGCUCAACGUUUGGCUGCAAAAGGCAGAAGUCUCGCACGAGAAGAUAUCUCAAUUCUUCUUGCUGAGCAUCUAAAAUCCAUAGAAAAACUUCAGCAGGUUCAGGAAGCGGGAAAACUGUACGAACAGCAGAGUUCAUCCUCGGUUCGACACACGACGAGGACCCCCGGAAGUGACAAUAAUAGACUGCUUUCUAGACGACCCCAAAGUGCAGCAAAAUUACGUAAACUGGAUACCAGUCGAGUGGAAUCUCUCAAAAAUUAUAAAAAUAGCAUAACGGAAUUGCCUCCUAUCGACAAAUCAAAGGGGGGUAAUGGUUGUAAAAGUAAAAUCAAAGCACUGCCGGUACCAAAGAAGGACAAUCUAAACAGUGAAAGUAAACAAGGAAACACAGUUCCCUCCGCUGAUAAAAAGGCAGACGACAAUAUUGGAAAAACAGACGACACAGAUACAGACGAAUUAAAGAGGAUACAGGAGGAGGACCACCACCUAUUCGCGGAGCUUAUCGAGGCGUUUCGGCAGCUCUGGGAGGCCCUCACUUCCGCUACCGCCGCCGCCCUGCUUUUGGAGUACCGCCGCCGGGAAGCCCGCCUCAUCCGGGCUGUCAUUGAUCAUGCGCGCACACACACCUCCAACUCACAGACGCAAGGCAAGGGAUCCGAUCAGUCAAGCGCAGCGACAGGCAACACAAAGGGCGCCAUGGGACAGCAGAACUCUGUCGUAGAAUCUAGACUUGAUCAGGGCGUCCAACAGCUUGACGAUGAGUUUGUGAGCCACUUUGAGCGGAACCGGGACGCCAUCUCCGUGGACGGGUUCGUGGAGGCGCUCACCGACCAUAUGAAGAAGACACGCCUCAUCCGCGUCAAGUCCUUCAACAUCCGGGAGGAUGGUGCCGACUUGACGGCUGACAGCCCGCGAUCCAACAGUUUUACCGGCUUCGGACACGGCGUCUCAAUGUCGCCGACUAAUUCCUUAAAGCGCCAGCACACAUUUUGCGGAACUGUGUCUAAAUCAAACACAUCUAGCCUUGCAGCUUCACGUCAGAACAGUUUUGUGAAGUCACUUCCCGUUUCGAGACAGAGUAGUUAUCAUAGAACAAGGUCACGUGGUAGUACCGGAAGUUCAUAUACUUAUUCUACAACAAGUUCUGGUGUGAGUUCUGGUGUAAAUUCAGAGUCGUUGGACAGCAAUGCCAGUACAGGAUCGAAAAGUGCUAUAUCCCGGGAGUUUUCAUACGGACUGUUGACAGAUUUUGAAGAUAUCGAUGAAAAAGAUGAAGAACUUAAAACAGCACGUGAGAACGCUGCGUCCAGAGUCAGUGCUGAAAGUCUUAGACCGCCGUCCGGCCGGCGAUCAACGAGUUCCCGGGGGCCCUCGGGUCAGGGCCGAGAGCGGGAGAAACGGAGGGGUCAGACCCAGACACAUGGGCUAGGACUGCCGGCACCGGAACCAGCGCACACGCCGCUCCGUAAGAUCGACGAGGACGUACUGCCCAAGGUCGAGGAGCUUGACUCGAAGAUGAUGGUUCGGAGCCGGCCAGACAGCGGCAUUGCUGUGAGCACGUCCUCCGCCAGCUAUUCCAGCUCAGAGCUCCACAAAGAACGGGACCUAGACGAGCCCUAUAUUACUACCUCUUGCCAAGAAAUGGUUGAAAAAGUUUCCAAGGUGCUAGCAGAUCAACAUAACGACCUGAAGAGUUUGGUUGCCGCGGUAACCAAGGGACUUAACUCCCCGCAUUCCAAAGCGCAGGCGCUGUACUGCUGGCUCACGUCACAGAGACCAGAGGAGUUCAAAGAUUUUAGGAAAAAAAGCAACUCUCCAUCCAGGAGGUUAAAACAGCUCCAUGAGCAGAAGACACACCAUUGGUCCAUGUAUAUGGACAUGUUGAAGGUUGCUGGACUGAAGUGUGAGCGAGUGGAUGGCUACGUGAAAAGCUCCGAUUACCUGCCCGGAAACACCGUCCAAACGCCAAAGUUUCUUCAUUCGUGGGUCGCCAUCGCAAUGGAUGGUCACUUCCGGCUCGCCGAUCCCACUUAUGGCGCCUUAGGGGACAAGUUCCACCGGGAACAUUACUUUGCCACCUCUCCAGACGAACUAAUUUUGUCUCACUUUCCAAAGGACAAGAAGUGGUUAUUAAUGAACCAGCCCGCUACUAUUGAAGUGUUCGAGGGCACGUUAAAAACCUGGCCCGCCAUGUUUCACUUUAGUAUCCGUCCCUUAAAUAUGAAGUCCGUUAUACGUACAUACGACGGAAAACUCAGUAUAACGGUUCUUCUUCAAAACGUUGCGGUAAACCCGCAGUUAGAAUAUGCCGGGCCAGGCCCGGAGAUAGACACAGACACGCUUGAAGAGAAAAUAGAUCAUGAAAUAAGAGACGUGGACAACGCUGAAACCUACCACGUGACAUUACCGCAGGAAGGCAAUUAUUAUUUCACAGUGUUUGCCCACGUGCUUGAGGACGGGAUUGAUGUGCCAGUGUUUCAGUACAGAAUUGAAUAUAACGACGAGUUGUUGUGAGUAGACGUGAUUGUGUUAUUAUGAUUCAUAAUCAGAUGUAAACUGCAUUAUAAAUGUACAUCUAUAUUUUCGGUAGUGAGUGCUACUGCCAAGGAUAGUUAUAACAUUCCAAGCAUUAAAAAACCCGCAGUAGUGAUAAAAUAUAAUUGUAUACCUGGUAUCAUGUUUAAAAGGGUUGCAUUAUGAAUGUUGCUUUAAGAGGAUGAGAUAUUCAUAUGCCAUGCUGACGUCAUUGCCUACAUGAUAUACAUGUAAACAGUUUUAGUUUUAUUUUGAGCAGUUCUUGGUGCCAACCACCACAUUUCACUGGAUGUUCAUUAUUUGUUCAAAUGUUGUUGUUUUUAUUUUGACAUUGAGCUAGCCUGCAACAUUGCAAGAAAGGCUGUAGUCAGGAAUUCAUCUCAGGUUCGGGUUAGGGGCCUAAUGCCUGUUUUGGGGGUUAGAAAAAGCUCGCGAAAUCCCUUUAGGGAAAUUAACUCGAUGCAUUCAAAGAUAUGUCCAAAGGGGACACGCCUAUUUCAACGUCUAGUGAAACAUAUCGAACUGAAGACACCUGGACAAAUGUAUUAAAAUAAUAAUAACAGUUGUAUGGCCUAGUUAUAAUCAAAAUGGAAACAGUAUUGUUCGUAUACCGAAACAGCAUUGUCAGUAUCAUGCAUAUGUUAUGUUAAUCCCAAUUUGCUUUUAGCAAAUCUAUUGUUGUUAAAGAAUUCUUCAGUACUAGUAUAACUUCCCUGUCAAAUAAUGCAUUUCUUAGCUGUCGUUAUAUCUUGUUAUCAUUAAGUUCCGUCGAUAACUGGAUUGUUAUUGAGAAAAACACUGUUUAUUAUUUGUGAUGAAUUAUUGACACGAACGUCAUUUUGGUAUAAUAUGAUAUUUGUUAAACUUGCACCCAGCUUGUGCUGUCAAAAUAUAAGCACCCGAAUUAUUAUGAAUGGUAUGUGUAUUAUCAAAAUUAAAAUACUACAUGUAUGUUAUUGUUUGUUGUUGAAGUAUACUUUAUUGAUUCAGACCAUAAGUGCUAUCUUUGUAUGACUCCUCAUUGUUCAUGCAUUAUGAUAUUGUUUCUUGGUUGUUUUUCCAGUCAUUCACAUUUUUCUUCUAUCAAUUGUUAUUUGUUGAUACUUAGAACUAGGUUGAAUAAAUAGACGAAUGUCUUUAAAUAAGUAUUAUCAGUUUUAAGUAAUUUUACUUUGUAAAUAUAUGUGUAAAUCUGAAAAAUUAUUUAAACAAUCUGUAGUGUAACUUGGAAUGUUUGUAUACUUCAUAUAUUUGUGUUGCACAUCUGUCAUCUCCAUUCACCCCAUCCAUCAAAACUACAACACACUACCACAGUACAAAGAACCACUUGAACAUUGGUUUUAUCUGUAUUAACAUGUUUUACUUCCAGUCAAGCAAGAUAUAUACUGUCCAUAAAUUGCCAGUGGGCUUAUCAGCCUUCCAAUUGCAUAUGCUUAUAUGCCUUUUCGCAGAAAAGGGAAAACAUGAGAUUGUUUGCCAGCGGAUAUGAGUAUUGUACCAUUUCAACGUGCCAUCGUUAACGUCAUAGGAAUGCUUGCUCUGUUUAUGUAUUUUUAAGUACAGUAUAUUUUUCUCCAAUAGCCAUAACAUGUGACGUUUCAUUUAAGAGUAUUCUGUAAAAAAAUAUUUUGUUGAAGGAAUCAUAAGUAUUGUUUAAAGUUUCACCAUAAUUUUCAGUCCAGUAAUCUACCUUUGCCUUAACAUUAGUUUUUCAUCUGCCAGUUUGUUAAUUUGUUCUAUCAUGUAUCCCACACUGUAUGUUUGUUUACUUCUUGAGCUACGUGACACGUAUUGUACAACCUACGUUUCUGUAUACUUACCUUUAGUGCUAUGUGACACGUACUGUAUAACAUACUUUUUUGUGUUGUGCUAUGUGAAACGUUCUGUACAACAUACUAAUUGUGUGUUGUGUUAUGUGACACGUUUAGUACAUCAUACUAGUUGUGUGUUGUGUUAUGUGACACGUUUUGUACAACAUACUAUUUGGUGGUGUGUUAUGUGACACGUAAUGCACAACUUUUUUGUGUAUGUUGUGUUAUGUGACACGUAUUGUAUAACAUACUUUUUGUGUGUUGUGUUAUGUGACACGUAUUGUAUAACAUACAUUUUGUGUGUUGUGUUAUGUGACACGUAUUUUACAACAUACUUUUUGUGUGUUGUGCAAUGUAACACGUUUUGUGCAACAUACUCUUUGUGUGUUGUGCUACGUUACACGUUCCGUACACUUCUGUAUACUUACCUUUAGUGCUAUGUGACACAUAUUGUAUACCAUACAUUUCGUGUGUUCACAUGUGAUACGUGACACAGCAUACUUUCCGUGUGUUUCCUUGUUGUGCUACGUGACACGUACUGUAUACCAUGUUAAUUAUGUGUACUUAUUUUAAAUGUUGCUACGUGACCCACAUUGUGACUCAUAUCCUAGCAGUUUGUGUUACAGUAGAUGUUCUUCUUUUCAGCCAACUGCUUACCGGCAUGUUGAACCGUCUGACCUGUAUCAGUAUUAAUGGAAAUAUAUGGGUAUAUGUUUUCAUAAAGCAUUUAAGACCAAAGAAGCACGGCUUUCAUUUGUCAUUCUACAUUUGAAAAUAUACUUUAAAGAAACAUGCUGAUGUUUUAGUAAACCAGUUUUAAAUAACCGACAAAAAUGAUUUCAUUAGAAGUAACAAAUAUCGGAAGCCUUCAAGGUUGCGCAGGUCAAUAUAUUUUUUCCAAACCUUUGAAAAACACAGAAAAAGAAAGACAAAGAAAUGACAAGAAAAAGCCGCAUUUCGUUAGUUUUACUUUUGGAGUAUUUGUUAUAUAUACAGUAUGAGUGCAAACUUCAUACAUUGUUACGUUAUUGUUUUCAUGUAAUAUAGUGUUGAUUCCAAUCUGUUGUUACAGUUAUUUAUCCUUAGUCAUUUUUCUGUCUCUGUUUGUGAUAUCCUAUUUGAUUAAAUUCUUGCUGUCCUAAACAAUAUUACACAUUUCAAAUUUCUUUUUUUCUAUAAUCUGGCUGAUAUUUAAA